AUGUCUCAGAAAUUGAUACACCCCACUGAAGUUGCCAAGCAUGUCACAGAAGACAGUUGCUGGGUAGCUUUGUAUGGCGAUGUCUAUGAUGUUACCGCAUUCCUCCAAGAACAUCCCGGUGGUUCAAGAGCUAUCCUCCGUCUCGCCGGUCGCGAUGCCACAGCCGACUAUGAUCCAAUACACCCUCCUGGAAUCCUCGAGGAGACCAUGAAACCUAUAGGAAAGCUGGAAGUUGAUACUAAGGCUUCAUCUUUGCAGCAAAGAAACGACAUAGAUCCAAAAGUCGAGGAGGUAGUUGAUCUACAUGAUCUUCUGAACCUAGACGAGAUUGAAGCACUCGCGACGAAGAAGAUGUCCAAAAAGGCCUGGGCGUACUUCUAUUCGGCUGGCGAUGAUCUGAUCUCAAAGAAACUCAACAAUUCUGUCUACAGAUCCAUUCUCUUUCGGCCUCGUAUCUUCGUUGACUGCAGGAAGUGCGACACAUCCACCAGUCUUCUUGGUCACAGAGUGGGCACCCCUCUCUACGUUUCUCCGACUGCCACAGCACGUCUUGCACAUCCUACUGGCGAGAAGGGCAUCGCUGAAGGGAUAUCCAGCUUCGGUGCACUUCAAAUUAUGUCGAACUAUGCCUCCUUGACUCCUGAGCAGAUCGUCGCAGAUUCUGCGCCUGGUCAGAUAUUUGGUUGGCAAUUAUACGUGUAUAAAGACAGAACGAGGAGCGAAAAGGAAAUUGCCAAAAUCAACUCCAUGCGAAAUAAGAUCAAGUUUAUCUGUCUGACGCUAGACUCGCCAGUAAUGGGGAAAAGGGAAGAUGACGAGAGACAUGGGAAUGCGAUACUGACUCGUGAAGCCGAUGUUGAUCCGAAAAGUGUAAAGAGGAAGAAAGUCAUUAUCAACUCUUUUCCUGGCCCGGCACUGGAUUUGACAUGGAAGUCUACUUUAGAAUGGCUCUCGAAGCAUACAGACUUGCCAAUCGUGUUGAAGGGGUUGCAGACUUAUGAGGACGCUUACUUGGCGAUGAAGUGCGCAUCCGUCAAGGCCGUUGUCAUAAGUAACCAUGGUGGAAGGAGUCUAGACACUGCAUCACCUGCUGUUCAUACUUUGUUAGAAAUCCGCAAGUACUGCCCUGAAGUCUUCGAUCGCAUGGAAGUUUGGGUUGAUGGUGGGAUCAAGCGGGGUACCGAUAUUGUAAAAGCAUUAUGCUUGGGAGCCAAGGCUGUUGGCGUUGGAAGAGCAACUCUUUUUGGUCUAGGUGCUGGUGGAGUCGCUGGCGUAGAGAGAGUAUAUGAAAUCUUGCAAGCUGAGAUUGAAACUUGCAUGAGGCUUCUCGGGGUGGAAAAUAUCAACCAACUAGGGCCCCAAUACAUCAACUCUCGAGCUGUCGAGAGAGAUAUUUUCGACGGAGACUCGAGCGUCGCGAAUCUAGAUUCUUGGGUAAAGUCAAAUCUAUAG